UAGCUAGCUUGCUGGGUCUUCUUCUUCAUCCUCUAUUUUGAUCAGUUCAUUUCUAGCUAGCUUAGACUCUCUAAUGGCAAUGGCUCUUCCUCUUAUUAUUUGCUUGAUAUUAUUCUCAAGCUUGUUUCCAUUUCCAUGCCGUGCAAUCACAGACACGCUCACAGCUUCAGACUCGUUGAGCGACAACCAAACGCUGGUUUCUGCAGGCGGAGUCUUCGUCCUUGGCUUCUUCAUCGAUAGCUCUUCAGGUAAUCACUAUCUAGGUAUAUGGCUGAGAGCUGAUGCAAAGAGAGUUGUUUGGGUUGCCUACCGUGAAAUACCUAUAUUGGACUCUUCCGGCGUGCUUCAAAUCCGGUCAGGGAAUCUGGUUGUCUCCGACCGACGACAACUGCAGCUCAUAGUCAACUCGGGAAACGUUGCCACCACCACCAACACGAGUGCAACACUUCUUGAUACGGGAAAUCUUGUGCUCAAGGAUGAAAAUACAGGUACCACUGUAUGGCAAAGCUUCGAUGCACCAACUGAUACAUAUCUUCCGGGGAUGAAAGUUGGGUUGUUUGGCCUAAACACAAGCCAACAAAGCUUUCGGAUUCUCACUUCCUGGGAAAGCGCUCAAAACCCUAGUCGUGGCCUCUUCACCUUCUCGCUGGAUAGAAUAGACUUCACUAAAAUUGAUGUUUGGCGAGGAGAUGGACUCCAAAUGCAUAUCGCUUUUUGGGACGGACAUGAUCUCCGGUUCAUUUUCGAGAACACAACCGCAAACAAUGAUUACAACUUUAGCUACACUUCCAUUAAUGGAAGUGAAGCCUACUACACUUUUAGCCACAACAAGAAGUAUGACCUCAUGUGGUUUGUAAUGGCUUCAACAGGAAACCUAGACCAGUACUUCAUGGUGAAUGGGAAGAUUACUUCUACGAGUCAUGCUUUGUGUGAAGAUUCAAGUGGUGGUAAUAGUGGAAAGUGCUUGACUUCUUUACCACCUAUGUGUGGUAAUACUUUUGACCAGACGAAUGGUUCGUUGCCGUCGACGGUUAAGGUUGACUCAAUUAAUAUAGGGGCUAAUGAUUGUGAGACUUUGUGCAAGAGCAAUUGUUCUUGUACUGCAUAUGUUUCAGUUCAGAAUGAUCAAUCGGUUUGUCAGCUUUAUUAUGGGAGUAAACAGGAGUUGAUGAAGAUGAUGGAGAUAGGGCCAGGGACUAUCAACGUGCGUGUUUCUGCUAAUACAAGUGAUGGUAAGAAGUGGAAAAGGUGGUUGACUAUCGUGCUCCCGGUGGUUUUCCUAUCGGCUCUUAUUUCAGUCUUCUCAUUCUGUUAUCUACGUUGGAGAAGAGGACCUCAAGGAAUUAGUAGGCGAGAAGGGAUUAUCAUUUCGGAUGAAGUGAGAUUAUUCCAAAUUGGCUCCACCAAUGCCUCACCAAUUCAGUAUGAUCUAGCUAGGGUUGCCAAUAUGAUGGAAUUGAGCAGAUCACAGAAGGAUCAAGAACUGCCAUUCUUUACUUUCUCUGCCAUACAAACUGCAACAAAUGACUUUGCAAAGGCUAAUAAACUAGGGGAAGGUGGAUUUGGGCCUGUCUACAAGGGGAAGCUAUUAGAAGGACAGGAAAUUGCAGUGAAAAGGUUGUCUGAACUGUCGAGGCAAGGGUUGGAGGAGUUCAAAAACGAGGUCUUAGUCAUUUGUAAGCUCCAACACAGGAACCUGGUUAGGAUCUUGGGGUGCUGCAUUGAAGGAGAAGAAAGUAUACUAGUUUAUGAGUACAUGCCCAACAAAAGCUUAGAUUCCUUCAUUUUUGAUCCAGCCAAACGGGUGCUUUUGGAUUGGAAAAAGCGCAUGAACAUUAUUGAUGGGAUUUCUCAAGGCCUUCUAUAUCUUCACAAAUACUCCAGAUUACGGAUCAUUCACCGCGAUCUAAAGACCAGCAAUAUUUUGCUAGACAGCGACAUGAACCCCAAAAUUUCUGAUUUUGGCAUGGCAAGGAUUUUUGGGGACAAUGACACUAGAGGAAAAACAAACCGUGUUGUUGGUACAUUUGGUUACAUGUCUCCGGAGUAUGCCAUGGGCGGCCUAUUUUCUGAAAAAUCAGAUGUGUUUAGCUUCGGGGUGAUCUUAUUAGAGGUCAUUAGUGGGAAGAAGAACAUUCCAUUUUUUGAGUCUGAUCAAGCUAGUCUAAACUUACUUGGCAAUGCCUGGAAUUUAUGGAAUGAAGGCAAGAGCAUGGAGUUACUGGAUUCAGCACUGGUUGCAUCUUGUUCCAGCAGUGAAGUUAUGAGGUGCAUUCAGAUGGGUCUUUUGUGCGUGCAAGAAAGAGCCAUGGAUCGACCUAAUAUGUCGGAUGUGGCUUCGAUGCUAAGCAAUCAAUCAAUUCCUCUGCCUCUUCCAAAAGAACCUGCAUUUUGGAGCCAGCUAAGUUCUACUGAUGCAGAUACAUCUUCAAGCAGGCAAAGACAUUACUCUACAAUUGAGUCAACUCUAACUAUUUCAGAAGUGCAUGCAAGGUAGGAACUAGGAAGCUCAAGUGUUGUAGGCAUUUUACCAAGUACUCCAUCGAGUAUAAUACGUACUACUGUUUUGUUUGUUGUGAUGAGUAUUUUAUUUAUAUAAAGUCAUUUUGUUUUUGUUUUUUUUA